AUGGAAAGAAAAAUAGAUUAUGUGGUCUUUGACAUGGAUGGCCUUCUCAUUGACACGGAGAGGGUAUACACCGAAGUUACCAAUGAUAUCCUCGGUCGCUACGGAAAGACCAUGACAUGGGACGUCAAGGCACAGCUCAUGGGCAAACCACGACUUGAGUCUGCAACGCACCUGCUCUCUUUGUUUCCCGGAAUCGAUAUCACAAUCGACCAGUACCUCGUAGAGUCUCAAGAAAAGCAAGAUGCGAAGUGGCCAACCGUGCAGCUCCUCCCGGGAGUACAGAGAUUAAUCCAGCACCUGGUGAAACACAACGUGCCAAUCGUAGUCGCCACUGCUUCCUCACGACGGAACUUUGAUCGCAAAUCUGAGAAUCUCAAAGAAUUCUUUGACUAUUUUCAAGGCAACAUCGUCUGCGCUGAUGAUGUAGCAGGCAAGACUACGGGGAAGCCUGAACCGUAUAUUUUCCUACAUGCUGCAGGUGUCCUAGGCAAGGCAGUAGGUGCUACGGAGCAGUGCACUGAGGCUGAGGCUGUGGAAAGGAGCAAAGGACUCGUUUUUGAAGACGCCGUUUACGGUGUCCAAGCGGGUAAACGAGCCGGAAUGUCAGUUGUCUGGGUACCUGACGAACGCCUUCUGGACGUUGCUAGUGCCAGCCCACAUGUCCCAGAUGAGACGCUCGCGUCCAUCGAGCAUUUCAUGCCGGAGAAAUGGGGCCUUCCACCUUACGACACCGAAUGA